UACAAAGUACUUCCGGUGGGGUCACCGACUAGAUUUUGAGAGCGAAUUUUCUCCGUGUUGGCUAACGGAUGUUUUAGUAUUAUGUGAGCCUAUUUUGGCUAUAGAUACAGUUCUUCUGUAAAUCAUUAUCAUUAACGGCCGCUUCAAUUGACCACUUUUAAUGAACAAUUGUACAACGCGGUUAGACACGAGAGGCAAAAGAGGAAGCAAUAGCCAACCAUCUUUCUUCUUCUGCCAGCAAUAACAAGAAAGCGACAAGGCUAGGUUCAAGUGGAGCUGUUUAGUUUAACAAUUUAUGAUCUGUUUUAUACUGGAUAAAAGACUUGGAUAAAAAACUUCCCCGUAGGAAAAUAGAUAACGUUAAAAGCUCUCGGACACUGAGCUCAUCUCAAGCCUGGAAGUUUCGGAUCAAAAGACUGGCUGUUAAGAAUUCGUAUUCCCGUUUUUUCAUGUUUCCAACAGGUUUAUCUACCCCUAAUCCCCCACCACCGCCGACCCAGGAGGCUAGAACUGCGGCUACUGAUGUCAAAAACGACAGCGGUAACAUUACAUCUCCGAAGAAGAGGAAAAUAAACGGCUCAGAGAGGGAAGACACUUCUGACACGAUAUCUUCCUCGCCUCCCAAGACCCUGAAUUCCUCCUCUUCUUCAUCCUCCUCCUCCCCCUGCUCUCCCACUUCGCUGCACAUCCAGAAGAAGUUAAGGUUUGAGGAUUCAGUGGAUUUCAUUGGCCUGGAUGUUAAAAUGGCUGAGGAGGCUGCUGCUGCUGCUUCGUGCUCUAAUAACAAAAGCAAAGCCGUGUUCCUGCCCGGUGGUGUGGGACACCAUGCAAACGGACUGACCAAACCCGCAGGAUCCGGCACCUUUUCUAACAGUAAACCCGGUGCUGCAAAGAAACUAGUCAUCAAGAACUUCAAAGAAAAGCCCAAAUUGCCAGAGAACUACACGCAGGAGACCUGGCAGAAGCUGAAGGAGGCAGUGGAGGCCAUACAGAACAGCACUUCAAUUAAGUACAAUCUAGAGGAACUCUAUCAGGCUGUUGAGAACCUGUGCUCCCAUAAGAUAUCUGCCAAACUUUACAAACAGCUGAGGGCCGUGUGUGAAGACCACAUCAAGGCACAAAUUGAUCAAUUCAGAGAGGACGCCCUGGACAGUGUGCUUUUCCUAAAGAAAAUUGACAAGUGCUGGCAAGAUCACUGCAGACAAAUGAUCAUGAUUAGGAGUAUAUUUUUGUUUUUGGACCGCACCUAUGUUUUACAAAAUUCAAUGCUGCCAUCAAUCUGGGACAUGGGUCUGGAGCUGUUCAGGUUCUACAUCAUCAGUGAUCUGAAGGUCCAGAGUAAAACUAUCGACGGGAUUCUGCUGCUUAUUGAGAGGGAGCGAAAUGGAGAGGCGAUAGACCGCAGUCUACUGAGGAGCCUGCUGAGCAUGCUCUCUGACCUGCAGAUUUAUCAGGACUCUUUUGAGCAACGCUUUUUGGAGGAAACUAAUCGGCUGUACGCUGCAGAGGGACAGAGGCUGAUGCAGCAGAGAGAGGUCCCAGAAUAUCUCCAUCAUGUCAACAAGCGCUUAGAGGAGGAGGCUGACAGAGUCAUCACAUAUCUGGACCAGAGCACACAAAAACCGCUCAUUGCUACCGUGGAGAAGCAGUUGCUGGGUGAACAUCUCACGGCUACUCUGCAGAAAGGGCUGACUCACCUGCUGGAUGAGAACAGAAUUCAGGAUCUGUCUCUUCUCUAUCAACUCUUCAGUCGAGUGCGAGGUGGCGUCCAGGUCCUCCUGCAGCACUGGAUAGAGUACAUAAAGGCUUUUGGAAGCACAAUCGUAAUAAAUCCAGAAAAAGACAAAACAAUGGUGCAAGAGUUGCUUGACUUCAAAGACAAGGUGGAUCACGUCAUCGACAUAUGCUUCAUGAAGAAUGAGAAGUUUGUCAACGCCAUGAAGGAGGCUUUUGAAACAUUCAUCAACAAACGGCCAAAUAAACCUGCGGAGCUCAUAGCAAAACAUGUGGAUUCAAAGCUAAGGGCAGGAAACAAAGAAGCAACAGAUGAAGAACUGGAGAAGAUGCUGGAUAAGAUCAUGAUUAUUUUUAGAUUCAUCUAUGGAAAAGACGUUUUUGAGGCCUUUUAUAAAAAGGAUCUGGCCAAGAGGUUGCUGGUUGGAAAAAGCGCCUCUGUAGAUGCUGAAAAGUCGAUGUUGUCAAAGCUGAAACAUGAAUGUGGAGCAGCGUUCACCAGCAAACUUGAGGGGAUGUUCAAGGAUAUGGAGCUUUCUAAAGACAUCAUGGUGCAGUUCAAACAGUAUAUGCAGUGCCAAAACAUUCCUGGCAACAUUGAGCUGACGGUGAACAUCCUCACGAUGGGUUACUGGCCAACCUAUGUCCCGAUGGAAGUGCACCUGCCUCCUGAGAUGGUGCGACUGCAGGAGAUCUUCAAGACCUUCUACCUGGGCAAACACAGUGGCAGGAAGCUGCAGUGGCAGUCAACACUCGGCCAUUGUGUCUUAAAAGCUGAAUAUAAAGAGGGCAAGAAGGAGCUGCAGGUGUCACUUUUCCAAACACUUGUGCUACUGAUGUUUAAUGAAGGCGAGGAGUUCACCCUGGAGGAGAUCAAAUUGGCAACAGGAAUAGAGGACAGUGAACUGCGCCGGACUCUGCAGUCACUUGCUUGUGGAAAAGCACGUGUCCUCACCAAAAUCCCCAAAAGCAAAGAUGUGGAGGACGGGGAUAAGUUUUCCUGCAAUGAUGACUUCAAACACAAGCUCUUCAGGAUCAAAAUAAACCAGAUCCAGAUGAAAGAAACGGUGGAGGAGCAAGCCAGUACCACAGAACGGGUGUUUCAGGAUCGUCAGUAUCAGAUCGAUGCUGCCAUCGUGAGAAUCAUGAAGAUGAGGAAGACUCUGAGCCAUAAUCUCUUGAUGUCUGAAGUGUACAACCAGCUUAAAUUCCCCGUCAAGCCAGCGGACUUGAAGAAGAGGAUAGAGUCUCUUAUUGACAGGGACUAUAUGGAGCGGGACAAGGAGAACCCCAACCAGUACAACUAUGUGGCUUAGAGAAAG